CUGACAGAGAACACCGGCUGCAUCUGAAUCACCCAAAACCCUGAAUGAACCAAACCUUUUAGUCAAACCAGGAGAGUUGUUCUACGCUGCAACAUGCCACCGAAGAUAACCUACAGGAGCCCGUUUGUGGAGGCCGCUGUGGGAUUCGUACUGGGAGCAGUAGGGGGCAGUAUUCUGGGCGCGACCGAAGACCCCGUCCACCGCUCCCUCUACGGCAUGACCGCCCCCACGCGCAUGAGGCCUCUGGUGGACGAAGCUCGCACCGUGGGUCCCCUGGGGCUCGGGAGUCUGAUCGGAGCCACAGCGCUGACGACCGCCAUGACGUCGGUGGUCGCCGGGGUCAUUUUGGCCGCCGCCGUCGCUUCUGUUUUUGUCGUCACGAGAAGUUGCGGCGCCUCUACCCAAACGAACACCGCUGCAUUAUGGGUAGCCGCGGGAAUAGCCGGAGUUUACGGGACUACGUCGAGCGGAGCGACUCUCGGAAUGACCAUAGAUUGGAUUGUGCAAAAUUACGGAAUGGUCGGUCUGCUUUGGGCGCUGAGUUUGUUUACGAUCAUUAAAACACCUUUCCAUUUUAUUUUUAAGACGAUGUUUCAAGCGGAGAUGUGUUGCGGCCUGAAUGCGGUUUGGGUCAAAGAAAGAGAGGAAAUUGAAAAAUCUGAUUCAGAACAACGAAUACGAGUGGCCGAGCAAAUAGAGCAACAAAUCUUGACUCUGGAAAACGGCGGAGAACCGGGAAGUCCGGAAGAGCGCGAGCAAUGGGCAAAAGAAAAACGCAAGAGGGAGGCGCUAGAGAGAAAGAGGAUCGAAACAGAGGAAGCUGAAAUUGAGCAACGAUCUUUACAAGACUGGAUCAACACCAUAGUGAUGAAACACAUCGACUUUCUCGCGUUUUCCGGGAUUCCGAUGACCUUCAUUGCCGUCAUAAGCUCCCUAAUUGGCGUGUACGGGUACGGUGGGCAUCAGAUCGUCAUGCCGCUCCUGUUAGGGCUCGUCGCCAUCAUCGCUUACGCUUUACUCAAAACAAAUGAGUUCAAAUUCUGGAUGCUGAUCGGCUGCAUGGGCAUGAUCGCGACCAUUGUGGUGGCUUUGCUGACGAUUCACGCGGAGCAGAUGGUCGUCAGCGACGCCGUGAAGCUCCACAAAAUCGGAGUCAAUCACACAAAAAGCGAAGUGGAAACACGUAUGAACUACCAGGCUUCCUUAGAGGCGUUGAAUGCUGGGUAUUUCGUCGCUAAAGUUUGUCAGCUCGGGUUGGGGGCGACGGUUGGGGGUCCGCUGGUCCGACAGGGCGCGGGGGAAGCCAGGGUGAUCGUCGGGGCGGCGGUUUUGGGAGGGGCGUUGCUGCUCGGCGUGCAGGUGCUGGGUCCGCUGCUGGGAGACGGCGGGGCGGCGGGGGCCAUGCUGGGGGCUGUAGGGGCCACGGGGGCUUCGCUGGGGGCGGCGGCGGCUCUGGCGGGUCGGUGGUCGUCGUGGUUGGGGACGGUGGCGACGUUGGCCGGGUUGGUGCUCGGAGCGCUGACGGUCGGGGAGUGGCACAUCGUGAACAUCGGGCUCCAGCUGCCGGUGGCCUACGUGUUCGCAAUGACCAACCCGUUUUGAAGUAGUUUGUUUAGUAUCUUUCAGCUGUUUGACCCAAAACACAAGAGUUUAAUAUUUAUUUUGCAGAUGCUCAAAUGGACAUAAUUUAUAGAUUUAUUUUUUUUUAUUUCGUUUAAUUUUUCUCAUUCCCAUUUGUGUCAAUUACUGAAAGAAUUACUGCAGUUUAUGCCAUACUUUUUGUGCAUUUACUAAUAAAAAUACAUUUUGUUUAA